CUAGUACAUGCCCCCUCGGAGCAGCAUUAAGGAGCCCAGUCUCUCUGCAAGCUUUGUUGGCUGCUGGGAUCGCCCGGCCAUCUGUCCCAUUGACAAGCUGUAACGGCUCUUUGGAUUACACACCAACCUCCAGUGGGUUUCUGGCAGCGCCUGGGUUAAACUUUAACAACAUGGCCCCCAUCAGUAACAACACAAACGGAACGGACAGAGGUGAUAACUACAGUGGAAUCAAAUCUGAAAGAAAGAUGAGGAAACCUCUGGUCGAGAAGAAAAGAAGGGCUCGCAUCAAUGAAAGUUUACAAGAACUCAGAGUUCUCGUGGCAGAUGCAGACUUACAAUCAAAGAUGGAGAAUGCCGAAGUGCUGGAGAUGACAGUGAAACGUGUGGAGAGCAUCCUGCAAAACCGGGCUCAAGAAGUGGACGCCGUGAACCGGGAGGCCUGUGAGCGUUUUGCUGCAGGCUACAUCCAGUGUAUGCAUGACGUUCACACUUUCGUGUCCAGCUGCCCGGGAAUUGACCCAACAUUAUCCGCGGAGCUGUUGAACCACCUCCUGGAGAGCAUGCCCCUAAACGACGAAGACCGCUUCCGGGUGAUGCUGCCGGACACGUUGACAGAGUGCACCGGCAGCAACAGCACUUGGUCCCUGUCUGAGAGCAUGUACACUGCUCUAGUGUCCCCGGCCCCUUCCACCACCUCCACCGAUGACCUCUGCUCUGACCUGGAUGAGACGGACUCAGAGCAAAGUCAUGUUUCUUCUUCAGAGGAGGCUGAAAGCCAGGAUGUGUUGUGCUUGCCUUCCUUAACUUACUCCAAGUCAAUGUGGAGACCAUGGUAGAUCAUUUAAAAAAGGAAUAGCAUGUUUUAAACUACGCUAGAUGAUUUAGCUAGCUAAUGCUGUGUUAUGUUGUAGGGAGUAGGCCUCAUGUACAAGUACAUGCCAACAACACUGCUGAGAUGACAACUUUGCAACGUAUUGAAAGGCAUCUGAGAAGCUCUUUGUAUAAUUAGUGGGGAACUACCAUGAAACUAAAAUGUAUUUAAUAAAUAAAAUAUGUAAUUAAAUCUGUUUUGUAGAGGUCAGAGACUUGAACGGUCUUCAUUUGGAAGUGUUUUGGCCCUGCCUUCAGUGAAGGGGUAAAUGCAUAUGUAAAUAUUUACUUGUUGAAUAUGACUGGGCUGUGAUAGCUGUCCCACUAGAAAUGUAUUGUUAGUUGUGUGUAAAUUAUUUUGUAUUUAGGAUGUUUUUAACUUUUUUAUUUAUAAGUGUCCAAUGACGUUUAGUAGGCUACCUCAUCUGAUUUGCCUAAGUUUAAACUUUUCAAUAAAUGUCUUUGACUUUUAAA